AUGGCACAUGUAUCAUCGUCACAUACGCAUUACUCAGGAAACAGACCGCGUGUAAGAUGUUCACAUUCUUCGCCGAAACCUAUUUAUGAUGAACCAUUCGUAUUUUGUGUUCGAAGCGACCGCUCGCUAUCGUAUUCAUUUCCGUGCCGUGCUUGUUUAAGAGAAGCGAAACUAAAACAACGAGAAUCUUCUACGAAUGUUCGAUAUCAACAGCGAUGCUCUCGUUCACCAUUAAGACCUGUUCGUAUCGAACAUUUAAAUCGACCGAAAACUGUUUCAUCGAUACGAACAUCAAAUAAUUGUAAUUGGGAUAAUUUUAUGAGGAAAAAAAGUAAACACGCUGUUAGAACACCCUAUGCUCUAUGUAAUUUAACAAAAAUUCAGCAAGAAUCAGAAAGUCGUCCACCCUUUGUUAAUUAUGGUGGACGUUAUAAUGAUAAACAAUCUGGGCAAAAACGAACGUACAAUUCAUUCGUUGUCCAUCAAAUGAAACAUGAUGAAAUCGACGACGAACGCGUACGAAGUGCAAUUCGAGAACGACGUCUUCGUCGUGAAGCUGAGAUGUUCUUUCGCGCACAACCAUUCUAUGAUCAAUAUACACAGUCUGCAGAUGAAUAUCGAAAUAGAGGUUCUCGUUCGUCACAAAGUUAA